AUGAUGGAAGAAAAGCGUCGAGAAGACCUCCAAUUCAAAUUGUAUCGUUUCCGAGCUCGUUCAGUUCCAUUGAGUACAUACAGACAACCCAACUUUGAUUGGAAAUCAAAAAAUCAAAGGUUUAGAACGCGCUCUCUUCCCUCGAGAAGUUUAACUUCCGCAGCCUAUUCUUCCUCUGAUUUUGCUUUGAAUGAGAGGAAAGCUAAUCUGCAUACUCGAUCACCUCCCCUCUCAACAUAUCUAAGACCCUCAAGUUAUAGCCAAUCAGUGGAGGAAUUGAGAGCAUUGAAGGCACAAAGAAGAAGUGUUGGACUUUUAUCCAAAGCUCAUGGACCUAGUGGGGUUGAGGAACACUCUAUAAGAUGGAGAAUUCUUUACAAACUACGCCAUUCCCAGCAGUGUUUGGCUCCUUUCAGGCCUCUUUCUACCAGUUUUAGAGCUCAAACAAUGCCCGACUUUGUUAAAUUACAAGAAGAAUUUAGCAGAAAAUUGGCAGCAAAUAGAAGAUUUAGAGCUAGCACAGUGCCGAGACCCUUCCAUUUAAGCGAACGAAGAUAUAACGGAGAAAUACGAGGGCAUAGUUGUGAAAGUUGGACAAGAAAAGAUAGGGAAGAUAAAAGAAGAAAUAUGGAACCAGAAAAAAGACAAGAAAGGGGAAGAAAAGUGUGGAGGUGA